GAGGUUUAAUCAAGACAACCACCAUGGACUGUAUUAGGUGCUAAAGUAAUGGUUCAAAGGCCUCUUGCGUUGUCACACCAGUUCUCUACAUGUUGUGUGAGGGGCGAGACUGUAUCUGGAGAAUUGCUGCACAAGAUGAUCUAUGAGAGAAUGUAAAGACACCAUCAAUAGCUCCCAGUACAGUCGAUAUUGACUAUAAAUUGAGUAGAAGGCAUAGCAGCAGAGCAGUACAGUGACACAGCAAGGCUUUCCAAGACACAGUUACAAGACAUUAACAAUCUAUUACUACCCCCAAACACAUUGCAUGGCCUUUGUCGAACAGCAGCAGCAUAGUGGCUAUCCACGAGGAGAGCCACAGCAGCAACCCAUAGCCCCCCCACCGAGCUCCAUGUUUGCAUUUCGACCUCCCCCUGCAUUCUGCCCGAGAUGCUACUCUCAGUUUAAUGCGAGUUUUGCCGUGGGUGGCAUGUGCCCUCAUUGCAACCACCUCCUUCCUCCACUCAUGCAACCAACCACUCCUAAUCUGAUGCCUGUACCUCUCAACAACCCGCCCACUCAAGGAGAGAACACCUUUGUCAUGACCGACGUUCUCCAUGUUAUUGAAGAUGUGUUUAACGACCAAGAGGAUGCGUUCACCUCGGUAACUCUCAUUAAAAGCGAGCCGUGUUCGUGCGGAAAAUCUGACCGUGUGAUGGUGUGUGAAGUGUGCCAGGCUGUCGUGUGUGAUGAGUGUCUCCCUAGUCACGAGAAUCAACAUCGUCUCCGCCCUUCUGAAACUACAGAAGACUCUCCAAAGAACUGUUUAGUUCACGAAGAGAACAAAGUGACUUUGUUUUGUCAAUCCUGUCUGACUACAUUGUGUCAAAGUUGUGCUCUGAAUGACCAUACAGGGCACAGUGUGGUGAGCGUGACAGAGGCUUAUGCUCGCUAUCGACCCUCCGUCGACCAGCUCUUGAGUAAGAGUGAAGUGGAGAUCAAUCUGUUGGACCUGUCCCUGGCCGAUGCUCAGAAGAUGUGUGGGAGUGUAGGGAAGCAACAGACGGUUGCCGUGGAGAGAGUACGACAAGUGUUCCAGGAGCAUAGGGUCAAGCUGGACCAGAGGGAACAAGAGGUAAUUGGGCAGAUCAAUUCAAUUGCAGACCUUCGAUUGACAAACCUUGGCAAGGAAAUAUCGACUGUCAAAGAACAUCUAUCGCUACUCAAGGCUCUCUCCUCUCAAGCUGAGUCAGCACACAUGGAUAACAGCCAGGCAGCAAUCCUAGAGGCACACUUCAAACUAUCCAAUAGCCUGCAGAAGUAUCGCUCCAUCAAUCGGAACCCUUCAGAAGACGACAGUUUCAUCAUCAAGCCAAAUAACUCUGUUGCAGAAGAGGCUUUGAAGAGUUUGUGUGUUUUCACUACCGCCCCCCACCCCCGCCACUGCACGGCCAUGGGAGAAGGCCUCAACCAUCCCAGAGUGCAUCGUUUAUGCACCGUCACACUCUGCACCAAGGAUCGCCAGGGGGAACGUUGUGUGGAGGGAGGGGAACGUCUGUUUGUACAGCUCAAGUCCAGCCCUACUGGAGCUGUCCUCUCUGCUGACGUGAGGGACAACAGUGAUGGUUCCUAUUCUAUCAACUUCAGGCCACAUCUCAAGGGGGAGCAUCAACUGGUCAUAGCCAUUCGGGGCCAGCACAUUCAGGGCAGUCCAUUCACACUCAUGGUCGAUGGUGGGAGAGAGUACGGUCGAUUCGGAAUGGUCAGUAGCAUAUUCGGAUCGGAAGGCUCGAAAAACGGUCAAUUUUGUCGCCCUUGGGGAAUUUGUUGCGAUCACCAUGGAAAUGUUAUCAUUGGAGAUCGGAGCAAUCAUCGUGUUCAAGUGUUCGAUUCUAACGGACAAUUCAAGUAUGCGUUUGGUGGUGAGGGUAGUUGUCCUGGGAAGUUUAAUCGUCCCGCUGGAGUGGCCAUUACUCGUGAGGGCAACGUUGUGGUAGCCGACAAGGACAACCAUCGUAUUCAAGUGCUCCAACGUGACGGCUCCUUUCUCUUCAUGUUUGGUUCCAAGGGAGGCAACGAUGGGCAGAUGAUCUACCCGUAUGAUGUGGCUGUCAAUCAACUGGACGGUAGGAUCGCAGUCACCGACACUGGCAACCACCGUCUGCUCAUCUUCAGUCAUGAUGGCGUGCUCCUGGGAAAGUUUGGCUACAAGGGCUAUCUGUGUGGACACUUUGACUCUCCUCGCGGCAUUGCUUUCAAUGAUGACGGCCACAUCAUUGUAUCUGACUUCAAUGUUCAUCACAUCUUGGUCAUACAUCCUGACGGCACGACUGCACGCAUACUCGGGAGUCAAGGCACUGGGAAUGGACAAUUUAUGAGACCUCAAGGCAUUGCCGUUGAUCACAUGGGACAUUACAUCAUAGCCGAUACUCGAAACAAUCGAAUUGUCAUCAUGCACCCAAAUGGACAUUUUAUAGGCAAAUUUGGAGUUGGCGGGCAGGGCCCAGGUCAGUUGGAUCGACCCACCAGCAUUGCCGUUAUGCCAGACGGGAGGAUUGCUGUUGUUGACUUUGGCAACUCAAGAGUGCAAAUAUUUUAGACUUUUACGAACCAGAAACAGUGUUGCGUUUAUUUUCCCUUUCUAUUAUUUUUUUGUACUGCUUUAUGACCACCAUUCAGUAGACCUGCGUUAUUCCCCUUCUUAUUUUAUGCACUCGUAUACAUAUCUACUCUUAGCUUGGCUAAGUUCAUGAAUGUGCUGCUUAUAAUUAUAUUGUGUUGACUCAA